ACAAACAUUUUUUAGUAGUUAUAAAGGCUUCAAAAUGUCCUGCAUACACAUCACAAAGUUUAACCUUUAUGGUCCAAGAAGAUCACCGACUCCACAAACCAAACCAGAACUCAAAACCUAAUCACACAACAAAUCCUCAAACUCAAACAGCCCCAUAUGCCAUCAACAGAAGUACCUAUAAAAUCACACAUGCUCCUUCUGAGUUCGUGCCAAACUAAGAAGCAUUAGCAAAUAGACCCUCAUGGCUAGACAUAUCUUCUUCAAAAACCAGCCAAUUGGCCUCUCUCACAUGGGCUUUGGUAUUGGAACUUUCCUCUUGUGUGCACUGGCUCUGUUCAUGUGUGCCAGCCAUUCACGACGGUUGCGCAGAUGGAAAGCUUGUUAUGGCUAUGGAAAUGACGAGCCCGUCAUCCAACUCAAUCCGGAAGAGAUUAUUGGGUACCAGUUUGGGGAUGUCGACCCGAGUGCUUACAGUGGGGAGAGCUCCUUGUGGAAGAAGAAUAUACUCAUGGGAGGAAAAUGCCAGCUCCCAGACUUCUCAGGAGUCAUCAUCUAUGACUCUGCAGGAAACGCCGUUACCCCCGCCAAAAGCCAGAGAGCACUUCCAUGGAAAUAAGGGAGAUUCAUUAACAAAAUUCCAUGUGUUGUUUUUG